AUGGAAUCAACUGAUACUCAUGAGAGAAUGGACACUUUUGUCGAAAGAAUCAGGGAUACUGAAGAUGUUGCUGAAAGACAUGCCAUUAUAUCAGAACUUUACGAUGUUUUGGAUGUUGUAACUUCUUCAGUCGAAUACGAUGAGUUUUUGAAGAAGUUGUUGCCGCUCAUUUUAUCACAGUUGAAUGAUGAUCAAAUCUCAAUGAAUGCCUCAUCUCCUGAACACAAGUUGAGAAAUACAUGUCUAGAACUUUUGAAUAGAUGUCCACUUAACGAUAAAAUGGAACCUAUGGCCAUGGAAGUGCUGCAAUGCCUGUUAAAAAUAUUAACCUUAGAAAACGAUGAAAAUGGUGUCUUGUGUAUGAAGAUCCUCACUUCGUUGUUCAAAUGCUAUAAGCAGCCAUUAGAAAGUGAAGUGAAUACGUUCAUUAAAAUUAUCGUUGGAAUAUAUGAAAACGUACCGAACUUGGUGGCAUCUACUUUCCUUGGUGAAGAAGAAACCAGCUCAUCAACUGCAGAUUCACAAGAUUUUUCGAACUCUAAUAAUGAGGAGGAUGCUUUCGAAAACUUGUCUGCACCGUCCAAGAAACAUUUGGAAAAAGCUACAGAAUCAUUCAAGACUUUGUCUGAAUGCCCAAUUACAAUGGUGACCUUAUUUUCAUCAUAUAAACAUUUGAUUUUAGUAGACUUACCGACUUUUUUACCACUCGUCAUUGACUUACUCACUUUGGAAGUGAAACAACAGCAAAAAUCCAGAGAAGAACUAGAAGCUAAAGGUGAAAAACUUAUUGGGAUGUCGUCAGAAAUCAAAAACCGCUCUGCAUUCUGUGAUUAUGUCCUAGCUCAAAUCAAGGCAACUUCUUUCUUAGCGUAUGUGUUUAUUCGCGGUUAUGCUACAGAUAUUUUGAAACUACACGUCAAGAAAGUCCCAGAUUUGGUGAUGAGAUUAUUACAGGACUGCCCAAGUGAAUUAUCAUCUGCACGUAAAGAAUUAUUACAUGCUACGAGACAUAUUCUCUCUACAAGUUAUAAGAAAUUGUUUCUACCCAAGAUCAAUUUGAUGUUUGACCAAAAAGUCUUGAUUGGUGAUGGAUUCACUUCAUAUGAAACCUUGAGACCAUUAGCGUACAGUACCCUUGCAGAUUUCAUUCAUAAUAUUCGGUCAGAUUUGGCAAUGGCUGACAUAGAAAAAACUGUUAAAAUGUACACCAGUUUUCUUUUGGAUGAGUCUUUGGCUUUGACUGUGCAAAUUAUGAGUGCUAAGCUACUAUUGAAUUUAAUAGAACGGAUUUUAACUUUAGGUAAGAAAGACGCAUAUGAAGUUCCUAAGGCCAAAAAGCUACUAAUGACGAUUAUAGAGGCUUAUACUUCAAGAUUCAAGCUAUUAAAUUCACAGCAUAAGAAGAUAUUAAAACAACAUAAUGUCUACGAACAGAGUAAAAAUAAGAAAUCUAAGGAGAUCCAAGAUCAACUUGCGAAAGACAGGCACGAUGUUGAUGAAUAUAUGGUUAACAUCUUGAAAUCAACAGACGAAUUGUUACCGUCAUCAGUUACUGUUGAUACCAAUGCCGACGUCGAUGGUGAUAUUACUAUGAGCGAAGAACCUGAUAUAUCAGAGAAAGGUAACAGUUCGGUGCAUAGUGAUAAUAACACAUCACUGACUGUAAAGAAUCAAGAUAAAAAUUCGGAUAUAUCGUUCAAAGAAAACUCAGUUGAGAUAUUGGACUUCAAUGAUAUACAAAAUCAUGCUCCAAUAAUUCUCUUCCAAGCGACGUCAAAUGAUCCUCUUAAGGACGCAUUUUACUUAUAUCGUACUCUUCUUUCAUUUCUGAAAACCAUUAUUCAUGACUUGAAGGUUUUUAACCCACCCCCAGAUGAAUAUACUACAAUGAAUCCGAAAAUGUGGUCUGCAUUAUCAAGAGUAUUUUCCUACGAAGAGGUGAUCGUGUUGAAGAAUUUGUUCCAUGAAUGUAUAGCUGGUCUACAUCUAUUUUCUUCUAAUCCAGAGGGCAUUGAUCCAUCCACAGUAAAAGCACACUUCGAUAUAACUACACCUAGCUUACCUGUGUCAGCAACUAAAGAUGGUCGAGAGUUGAUGGAUUAUUUCGCUAUUAUUUUCAUGCAAAUCGACAGUCCUGUCUUCAAUGAAAUCGUUGAGAGUGAAAUCGUCUUUAUCUACGAAUCUUUACUACGCGAUUCAGCUUUGUUGCAUGUUGCUCAAUCAUUCUUGACAAGUGAAAUCACAUCUCCCAAUUUCACCGGUAUUCUUCUAAAGUUCUUGAAUUCCAAACUUCCAGAACUAGGGAAUGUGGACAGUAACAAAUCAAAUAUACUCAUCAGACUAUUCAAGCUAUCAUUCAUGUCUGUCAAUCUCUUCCCUAUUACCAAUGAGGCGGUCUUGUUACCUCACUUGAAUAAUUUGAUUUUAGAUUCUUUGAAGUAUUCGACAGAGGCUGAAGAGCCUUUGGUGUAUUUCUAUUUGAUAAGAACAUUGUUCAGAAGUAUUGGUGGCGGCAGAUUUGAAAACUUGUAUCGUUCAAUAAAACCAAUACUUCAAACUCUUCUACAGUCCCUCAAUAAGAUGAUCCAGACAGCUUGUCGCCCUCACGAACGCGAUUUGUAUGUGGAGCUCUGUCUCACUGUGCCUGUGAGGCUUAGUGUAUUGGCACCAUAUUUGAAUUAUCUAAUGAAGCCAUUAGUGUAUGCCUUGGUUGGAUUUCCAGAAUUGAUAACUCAAGGAUUAAGGACUUUGGAGUUAUGUAUCGACAAUCUAACUCCAGAGUAUCUAGACCCGAUUUUGGAACCAGUUGUCGGUGAUGUUAUGAAAGCUUUGUUCGAUUUAUUGAAACCGCAACCAUUCAAUCACCAAAUAAGUCAUACGACUGUGCGUAUUUUGGGCAAGUUGGGUGGAAGAAACCGCCGCUUUAUUGAGACACCCAAAGACCUGAAAACCGAAACUGAACUUAACAUUGAGGUUGAUGCUUGGUUCAACAUAUACGGCUUUAACUCAGAAGUACCAUUGUCGAUUACUCCUGGAGUUAAUUCUGCUUCGGAUAUCUUAAAAGAUUAUAGAGUCAAUCUUUUCUAUCGAAAAAGUGCUUACAAGUACUUAAGCACUGUUUUGAUGCUGCUUUUGGGAUCCGUCGGGCCUAUUCCUAAGAAUUUGACAGAAUGUCUCCAGAAAGGUGUUAAGCUACUUAAUUCCGAAGAACUUGAAGACAAUAUCCAAUUUAAUGAUGAAAAGGUUGUUGAUCCAGGAAAAUUUAACAACUUGGAAGAGCUAUUAUUAAGGUUAUUGGAAUGCAUGUUUUAUGCUGCCUCUAUAAAAGAACUGCAGGAAGAUGUAACUGUCCUAGUUAAUAAAAUUGUCACUCAUUUCUCUCUUUUGCAAGUGAACGAAGCUCUUUCAGAGAAAAGGAGACAACCACAUGUCUUUAGCGUUGAUGUGAAACAACCAGAUGUAAGCAUCAGCUGUGAUAUCCUUCUAAAAGCAAUUAGGAAUGGGUUGUGCUCAUACCUUGAAGAUUCCAGAGCAUUAGCUAUAGAAGCGAUAAAAAAGGUUCAUGAUAUAGGGAAAGUGAUAUAUGGGGAUACGCUCUACCUGGAGCACUCUUUCAUUACUACCCUCAUGAGAACCUUUAUUCAUCAGUGCUACUCUGAAACCUACUACGAAAAGCGUGCGGGUAUGAUUGGUAUACAAACAUUGUUGCAAGGGCUGCAGCUACCAGUACAUUAUGUGAAGAACUUUCAAUACGGUCUAACUUCAGGAUUAUUGUUUGUGUUAAAGGACACUCAUGCUGAAGCCCCUCUUUUCAUCACAGAGGAUGCAAAAGCUUUGCUAUAUGAAGUAAUUGAGGUUACAUGUGCAGAUGUCAAAGAAGAAAACUUGGGUGAUAAACAUUUGCAGAAUUCCUUAACUGAUAUUGUCUGCGAAUUAAGCAAUCCGACUGAGAUAGUAAGGAAUGUUUGCCAGGAAUGUUUGGGAAAGAUAUCUACGCUGACCAAAAUCCCGGUGGUUACUUUAAUGAACCAUGCCAAAAACUUUCUACUUUCCCCAAUCUUUGCUAAACCCUUGAGAGCAUUACCGUUUUCGAUGCAAAUUGGUAAUGUAGACGCCGUGAUAUAUUGUUUACGUCUUCAAAACUCUUUUUUGAAAUUCGAUGAGGAGCUAUUCCGUCUUUUACACGAAUCAAUUGCCUUAGUGGAUGCCGACGACAUAUCACUAGCCAGCACCCAACGAAUUACCGAAUACCAAACAUCCCAACAGUUAAUCAAGUUAAGAGUUGUGUGUAUCAGGUUACUUGCACAAGCCUUAUUGAACCCAGAAUUCGCUAACGCGCAGAAUGGAUCUAUAAGAAUAAAGGUACUAGCCGUAUUCUUCAAAACCAUGUUAAAACCUUCUCCAGAGAUUAUUGAAGCGACGUAUGAGGGGCUGAAAAUAGUUUUAGCAGAAAAUUCUAAAUUACCUAAGGAGCUAUUGCAAAAUGGGUUGAAACCAAUGUUGAUGAAUCUAUCUGACCAUCAGAAACUAACCGUACCCGGGUUGGAGGCACUAGCAAAACUCUUGGAGCUCCUUAUCGCGUACUUCAAAGUGGAAAUCGGUAAAAAGUUAUCCGAUCACUUAGAUGCAUGGUGCCAAAUCGAGGUUUUGGAUACUCUUUUCGGAAAGGAAAUCACUCAGCAAACGCCGACUAAGAUCAUCUGCAGUAUUUUCAACAUUUUUCACUUACUUCCUCCUCAAGCGGGAAUCUUUUUGAAUGAGUUAGUCUUUAAGCUUAUUUCUCUGGAACGUAAGUUAAGGUUACAACUAGACUCUCCGUUCCGUGUACCUUUAGCAAAGUACCUCAAUAGGUUCCACGUGCAGGUACUGACCUACUUCAAAACUAAUAUGAGAUCAAGACAAUUAGUACUUCUUAUGUGUUCUAUAAUACAAAAGAAAGAAGCUCCUGUUUUGAGAAAGGCUUUCGAACCGCAGCUAAGGGAAUUCUUGAAAUUCUACGUCGAAAAAAUCCCAGAGAACCCUGUUCGCGUAGUAAGCUUUUUUGCAAACUCAAUUGAUUUGGUAUAUGUUUACCACACUUCGAAUGAAGAGAGUUGGAUACUGGAGAACUCAGAUAUCUUAUUUGAGUUAAAAUCAAUGUUAACAACUGUUCUAAAACUUAUCAAUGAAAAUUCAUUUAAUAUUGAUAUACUUCAAUUGAAUCAAAGUAUUGAAAAAUUCCAAAUGAUUUAUUUGGCCUACUUGAAACAGAAAAAAUAUGAUGUACCUCUUUUCUUAGAAAUGAUCCAGUAUUCGUAUGAUAAUGAUCUCAAAAUCCCAAAUGAAGUGAAUAGCUUUAUCUUUGAUGAUAUUAUCAGCUGUGUCGACGUUCAGUUAAAAAGAAAAUAUAUUUUAGAAUGUUUGCAGUUUUCUCUCCGAGAAGAACGUUCUCUAAAAGCUAGGAACUUCGUCAUUAAAAGAGUGGUGAAUUCCAUUAUGAUUCAUGAAAGCACCACUAAGAACUCUGUGGAUGAAUUGAUAAGUCCGGAUAACGAAAUUUUCGCAUUUCUUAACCAGCAUAUAUGGAAUCCGAAAAGUUCUUCUGUUGUGUUAAAUACAGUGAUAGGAAAGCUUGAUUCCAUUCGAUUUGAGUUAUUGCAGCUCACUUCAAUAUUGUUAAAAUACGCUCCUACGUUGCUUGAACCGGUAAAAAGGGAUCUGAUCAAGUUUGCAUGGAAAUUCAUAAAGUUAGAAGACAUUCAGUUGAAACAGGCUGCUUAUGUAACGACGUCAUUGUUCAUCUCAAAAUUCGAUCUACCAGUCAACAUAGUAACCCAAGUUUUUGUUGCAAUACUCAGAGUCCAUCAAAUUGAAGCAAGGUUUAUGGUAAAGGAAUCAUUAGACUUAUUAGCACCAGUAGUAGCAGAUAGAUCAAAGGGUUCCGAAGAGCCAACUACGUGGGUUAAUUGGGUAAGAAGGGUAAUAUUAGAAAGUAACUUCCAACAAAAUACCAUCCUCUAUCAAUUCUUAAUAAGUCAAAAGGACAUAUUUUUCCCUUACAAAGAUAUGUUCAUUCCAAACAUCAUAUCAUACAUUGGUAGAUUAACCCUUUUAACCAACCCUUCUACCGAAAAUCAGACGCUAACCAUUGAUCUUUGUGAUCUAGUUAUGUACUGGGAAAAACAAACCUUUUCGGCUCAAAGCAAGGAUGACCCCGAUGUCAAUAUGGACGGUUCUGAAGGAAUAGUUACCUCUUCUUCUACCUCUCUUUCACAACGGGAAGCAUUUGCGGCGUUUUUGAUUCGUUUCAUUUGUGUUAGUAACCAUAGGGCCUGUGAAACGCCAUUGGGAUCAAAGGCAUUAUCUGUUUUAACUGAGUUACUAUCCAUCGGAUACCUGCCAGAGGCAGUUGUCAAAUUGUCCUAUUUCGAAAAAUUCUUGAUCCAGCAAGAUCUUGAAUCAGCCAACUUGUUGUAUUACUGUAUGAAUGCUUUAGAUGUAUUGGAUAUCAUUUUUAGAACAAAAGACCCCAAAUGGAUCAUCAAUAAUCUAAAAACAAUCCAAACCCUUUUGGAUAAAUGUCUUCACGCCAACCACCAUGACUUGCAAGAAGCUUUACAAAAGGUAUUAAGCACUGUAUUAACAGCUGUCAAAGACGAUGAUGUUCCGUUUGAGAGUGAAGAAGAUACGGAUAGUAAAGUGUUUGUGAACCUGGUUAGUUCCAUCAUAUCUGAGAAUUUGAAUGGAACAACUUCUGUUGCCGCAGGUGUAAUUUUGUGCUGGACACUCUUUGUUAAUAUUCCCUCACAGAUCGAUGUUUUAUUGCCCUUAUUGAUGAAAACUUUCAACAAACUCUGUAAGGAUCAUUUAACCAUCUCCCAGCCAAAAGACGCCACCGCUGUCGAAGAUGCUCGUAUAACCACGAAACUUUUGAAGAAAGUUUUCUAUAUACUUUCUUUCAAAGUAUCUACCCUUGGGGAUUCCAGAAGGCCGUUUUUGUCUACAGUCGCUUUGUUAAUCGAUCGUUCUAUGGAUCAGAAUUUCUUGCAGAAGAUUGUUCUCAUCGCUAAAAAUUGGGUUUUCACCAAUGAAAUAUUCCCUACUGUUAAAGAAAAGGCGGCAAUAUUGACAAAGAUGCUUGCAUUUGAAAUUCGUGGAGAACCUCACCUUUCUAAGCAGUUUUAUGAAAUAAUAUUGCAGUUGUUUGAGAAUAAAAAAUACAACAACAGUGAAAUUACCGUGAGAAUGGAACAACCAUUUUUGGUUGGAACCCGCAUUUCUGAUAUAAAAUUAAGGUCGAAAUUAAUGAACAUCUUAAAUGGCAGUUUGGAUAAUGACAUAAAAGAAAGGCUUUAUUACGUUGUUAGAGAUCAAAACUGGGAAUUUGUGGCCGAUUAUAUGUGGUUAAGUCAAGCUUGCCAGUUACUUUUCGGAGCAUGUGUCAUGGAACAUAGAAUUAAACUCACUGAGCACUUCCCACUAUCUCCACUAAGCGCUAUUGAACGUAAUAUUAUUGUUGAAGACGAAGAUAAGGUUAUCACUAAUUCCGCUUUGGAGUCUUUGAUUAGAGAGCAUCAAUCGUUCAUUGACAAAAUAAACUCUAUUAAAUGCUGUGACAUAAUUAACCCAUUAGUUGAUAUAUUCUAUCAGAGUCCAGAAGCCGUUCGCGCAACCUGGGUAAAUGUGUUCCCUGUUGCUUAUAAAUCGAUACCGAGGAAUGAAAAGUACGGCUUUGUAAGAUCAUUGGUCGCUCUUCUAUCUAAAGAUUAUCAUACCAAACAGGCGUCAAUACAUGUUAAUGUCAUAAGUACAAUGUUAGAAUCGGUAAGCAAAAUUGAAUCGUUAGAACUUCCACCUCAUCUAGUAAGAUAUUUGGGAAUUACGUUCAAUGCAUGGUAUCAAUCAAUCGACUUACUUGAACAGAUUCAAGAAACAUCCAAUAUCGAUAAUAGUAAAAUUCUAGAUACAAACGAAGAUGCUUUGCUUGAGUUAUACUCGAGUAUACAAGAAGACGAUAUGUUCUAUGGAUUAUGGAGAAGAAAGGCAAAGUACACAGAAUCUAGCAUAGCUUUAUCGUAUGAACAAAUCGGUUUAUGGGAUAAAGCACAGCAAAUGUAUGAAGCUGCUCAAGUCAAGGCCAGAGGCGGCUUUUUGCCCUAUUCUGAGUCAGAAUAUGAACUAUGGGAAGAUAACUGGAUCCUUUGUGCCAGUAAAUUGCAGCACUGGGAUAUCCUCACCGAGUUAGCAAAACACGAAGGAUUCACAGAUUUAUUGUUAGAAUGUGGAUGGAGAGUUGCAGAAUGGAAUGCCGACCGUGAAGCGUUAGAGCAUUCUGUAAAGAGUGUUAUGGAUGUACCAACUCCAAGAAGGCAGAUAUUCGAAACGUUCCUAGCUUUACAGCAGUUUGGGGAAACCAAAAAGGGAGAUCAAGAAGUCAGACGUCUCUGCGAUGAAGGUAUUCAACUAAGCUUAAAAAAAUGGCACUCCUUACCAAAACGCUACACCCCAGCACAUAAGGCAUUAUUGCAUUCAUUCCAACAGUACAUGGAGUUCUUAGAAGCCACUCAAAUAUAUGCUAAUUUAGCCAGCACUACGGUGCAAAAUCUAGACACAAAAGCACAAGAAAUUAAACGUGUUUUACAGGCUUGGAGAGACAGACUACCUAAUAUUUGGGAUGAUAUUACUAUUUGGGACGAUUUGGUCACCUGGAGACAACACGUUUUCAAUGUUAUCAAUAGUGCGUAUCUGCCAUUGGUACCAGCACUACAGCAAGCUAACAGCAAUAGUAAUAUUAACACACAUGCUUACCGAGGUUACCAUGAAAUUGCGUGGGUGAUAAAUCGCUUUGCUCAUGUAGCUCGAAGACACAACAUGCCUGAUGUUUGUAUCAGUCAGUUGGCCAGAAUUUACACUUUGCCAAACAUAGAAAUUCAAGAAGCCUUCCUCAAACUUCGUGAACAAGCUAAAUGUCAUUAUCAAAAUAUGAAUGAACUAACAACUGGUCUCGAUGUUAUUAGCAACACUAAUUUAGUCUACUUUGGAACUGUUCAAAAGGCUGAGUUUUUCACAUUGAAAGGAAUGUUCCUCUCCAAGCUUCGUGCCCAUGAUGAAGCCAAUCAAGCCUUCGCAACUGCUGUUCAGAUUGAUUUGAAUCUCGCAAAAGCAUGGGCUCAAUGGGGUUUCUUUAAUGAUCGCAGACUCUCUGAAGAGCCAAAGAACAUCAGUUUUGCUAGUAAUGCUAUGAGCUGUUACCUCCAAGCUGCUGGCUUGUAUAAGAAUUCAAAAACAAGAAAGUUACUUUCUAGAAUUUUGUGGCUACUAGGGAGAGACGACUCUUCUAACUCACUAGCUUACGCAUUUGACUCAUUCCGUGGUGAGAUACCUGUUUGGUAUUGGAUUACAUUCAUUCCUCAACUGUUAACUGCUCUUUCUCAUAAAGAGGCCUUUUUAGUCCGCAAAAUAUUGAUCCGUAUUGCUAAAAGUUAUCCUCAAGCAUUACACUUCCAGUUAAGGACAACAAAAGAAGAUUUCGCUGUAAUACAGAGACAGAGCUUAGCUUUGGCAAGAACUCAGGGAGAACCUGCGGAAACAGAGAAUCAAGAGAACUCCAAGCAUCCAUCUCCAGACAAUUCAAGAACAACUUCACAAAACAAAUCCCAAGAUCAAGAUAUGUAUCCUAACAAUCGACAACCCUGGGAAUAUCUCGAAGAAUUGAAUGGUAUUUUGAAGACAGCAUAUCCAUUACUCGCUCUGUCAUUAGAAUCACUUGUCGACCAAAUCAACCAAAAGUUCAAAACUAAUCCAGAUGAGGAUUUAUUCCGGUUGAUUAAUGUUCUAUUGAUUGAUGGUACAUACAACUACAACAGAUUGCCUUAUCCAAGAGAGAAGCCUCCUUUACCCUCAAGCACGGAGGCUAAUUUGAUCAGAUUCUCAGAGAAUUUGUUACCACCAAACAUUCGUGUUAAAUUUAACGCUGAUUUUAUUGAGAGUAAACCAGACUUCGAAGUUUACAUCAAGAGACUACGUUUCUGGCGUAACAGACUUGAGAAUAAACUUGAUAGAGCUCCAAAGGUAGAGAGUAUGGAGGCAAUUUGUCCAAACUUGAGCAAUUUCCACCAUCAGAAGUUUGAAGAUAUAAAAGUUCCGGGACAAUAUCUAUUGAACAAAGACAAUAACACACAUUUUGUCAAAAUCGGCAGGUUUAUGCCAGAAGUCGACUUCACACGCGGCACUCAUACAUCCCACCGAAGAUUAACGAUAAGGGGGCACGAUGGUUCUUUACAUUCAUUCGCAGUACAAUAUCCAGCCGUGCGUCAUUCUAGGCGAGAGGAAAGAAUGUUCCAAUUAUACAGACUAUUGAAUGAGAGAUUGCGUAAAAAUGUUCAGACUAGACGUCGUGAUAUUCAAUUCACUGUACCAAUCGCUGUUCCACUAUCUCCUCAAGUACGUGUUAUGAGUGACAGUGCGUCUUUCAGAACAUUGCAUCAAAUUUAUGACGAAUUCUGUGCCAAGAAGAACAUGGAUAGGGACGCUAUUCAAGACUUUAUCACUGAACAACUUAACGUUGCACAUGACAAAGUAUUGCCCCCUCCCGACAUAACCGCAGUGAAAGUUGAAAUUUUCAGUUCAAUUCAUUCGUUGUUCAUUCCAUCGACUUUAUUGAAAGACUACUAUUCCAAAUUAUUCUCAGAGUUCGAAGAUUUUUGGUUAUUCCGUAAACAGUUUGCUUCCCAGUAUGCGGCGUUCGUGUUCAUGACCUUUAUGCUAUCCAUUAAUAAUAGAUCUCCACAUAAGAUAUUUGUCGAUGAGAAAUCAGGUAAUGUUCAUACUUUAGAAAUGUUACCAUCUCGUUAUUCUUAUGAAAGAGUGAAUCAAUAUGCAAAACAAUUUGAGACUAACUUGCCAAACUCCGCUCCUGUUUUCCAUAAUAAUGAACCUGUUCCAUUUAGAAUGACACCAAAUAUCCAAAAGCUUAUCGGUGAUUCCGCGAUGGAAGGUGUAUUCUCUGUUGGAUUAUUUGUAAUUGCCAGGGCAUUGCUGGAGCCAGAUCAUGAAUUGAACACCUAUCUAUCUCUAUUCAUCCGUGAUGAAGUUAUUUCAUGGUACAGUAGCAUGAACCGUUCUAUUGUUGAAGAUCCUCACUUAUAUGCCAUUGUUCUGACGAACGUUGACUUGAUUAUAAGAAAGGUGGCCCAAUUUGGACAUAUGAGUUCUUCUCCAAGUGUAGCAACUCAGUAUGUGUUAGAUGCUAUCAGUGCUGCUGUGAGUCCUAGAAAUUUGGCGAAGUGUGAUCAAAGUUUCAUGGCAUGGUUAUGA